GAAGGACGGACUACGCAAAUUUCUUUGACAUCAUCGGAAGGAGACAAUGCGACUUCGCAAAAUGAGCCUCUGAGACACUGGACAGCGGCACUGAGGGAAGCACCGCUGUGCUGCGGCGGCCGCAGCCAUGGACGUGGCGUACAUUUGUGAGUGGGACAGGAGACCCCGGACCAGCCACUGCCCCUCCAUCCCGCUGGUGUGUGCCUGGUCAUGCCGCAACCUGAUCGCCUUCACCACAGACCAGCGCAAUGAGGAGGAGAAAGAUCUUACCCACAUGAUCCACAUCCUGGACACUGAACAUCCUUGGGAUGUCUAUUCCAUCAAUUCUGGUCACCAAGAAGUCAUCACUAGCUUGGAGUGGGACCAGUCUGGCUCCCGUCUGCUCUCAGCUGAUGCAGAUGGCUGCAUCAAAUGUUGGGGCAUGACUGACCAUCUAGCAAAUAGCUGGCAAAGCCUAGUGGGCAGUGAAGUGGAUGGUGAUCCCAUUGUUGCUCUCUCAUGGCUUCACAAUGGUGUGAAACUAGCACUCCACGUGGAGAAGUCUGGUGUUUCCAGUUUUGGGGAAAAGUUCUCUCGUGUAAAGUUCUCUCCUUCCCUCACCUUAUUUGGGGGAAAGCCUAUGGAAGGUUGGAUUGCUGUAACUGUCAGCGGACUGGUGACUGUGUCCUUGUUGAAGCCCAAUGGGCAAGUGCUGACAGCUACGGAGAGUCUAUGUCGGCUACGAUGCCGGGUGGCGUUGGCUGACAUUGCUUUUACAGGCGGUGGGAACAUUGUGGUGGCCACAUGUGACGGUAGCAGCACGUCCCCUGUGCAGUUCUAUAAAGUUUGUGUGUCUGUUGUGAAUGAAAAAUGCAAAAUUGACACGGAGAUCUUACCUUCACUCUUCAUGCGCUGCACCACAGACCCUGCCCGGAAGGACAAAUUUCCCGCUGUUACACACCUCAAAUUCCUCGCCCGAGAUAUGUCUGAGCAGGUUCUCCUCUGUGCCUCUAAUCAGUGUUCAAGUGUGGCAGAAUGUUGGUCUCUGCGGAAGGAGGGGCUUCCCCUUAAUAACAUCUUCCAGCAGCUAUCCCCGGGAGUAAGUGAUAAGCAGCCUAUGAUACUGAAGUGGCGGAUUUUGUCAGCUACCAAUGAAUUGGAGCGAGUGUCUGCCGUGGCACUGCCCAAACUACCAAUUUCACUCACCAACACGGACAUCAAAGUUGCAAAUGAUACAAAGUUCUGUCCUGGUCUAGGUCUUGCUCUGGCAUUCCAUGAUGGUAAUGUGCACAUUGUACACAGAUUAUCUCUGCAGACAAUGGCUGUGUUAUUUGGCUCCUCCAUGCGGCCUUCUGAAGAGCCCAGUUUGAAACGUCAACGGUCACCUACCCCAUGUGUUCACUUCAAGGCUUUGCAGAUGUCCUGGACUUCGCUGGCAUUAGUUGGAUUGGAUACUCAGGGCAAACUCAGCAUGCUUCGAGUAUCCCCAUCAAUGGGACAUGCCCUUGAUAUGACCACUUCACUACGUCAUCUUCUCUUCUUGCUGGAGUAUUGUAUGGUGACAGGGUAUGAUUGGUGGGAUAUCCUGCUUCAUGUACAGCCAAAUAUGGUACACAAUUUAGUAGAAAAGCUGCACGAGGAGUACACAAAACAGAAUGCAGCAUUACAACAGGUCCUUUCCACGCGGAUCCUAGCCAUGAAGGCAUCACUUUGUAAAUUGUCCCCUAGCACAGUUACUCGGGUCUGUGACUACCAUGCCAAACUCUUCCUCAUCUCUAUUAGCUGCACCCUAAAGUCCCUACUUCGCCCCCACAUUCUUAACACCCCCGACAAAAGUCCAGGAGACCGGCUUACGGAGAUCUGCAAUAAAUUCCCUGAUGCUGAUAUAGACAAGGUUAUGAUUAACUUGAAGACAGAGGAGUUUGUGCUAGACAUGCCAACCCUUCAGUCAUUGCAGCAGCUUAUUCAGUGGAUCGGUGACUUUGUACUGUAUCUGCUGGCAAGUCUUCCCAAUCAGGGCUCCUCAUUUCGACCAGGGCACAGUUUUUUACGUGAUGGGGUCUCACUGGGGACACUGCGUGAAAUGAUGGUAAUGAUCCGAAUUUGGGGUCUUUUGAAACCCAGCUGUCUUCCAGUGUACACAGCCACUUCCGAUACGCAGGACAGCAUGUCCCUACUUUUCCGUCUACUCACCCGCCUUUGGAUGUGCUGCCGUGAUGAAAAUCAUCCCUGUGAACCAGAUGAGACAUUAAUAGACGAGUGUUGCCUGCUACCUAGUCAGCUUCUCAUCCCUAACAUGGACUGGCUGCCACUCGGCAACGGGCUGAUUAGUCGUCUGCAGAGCAAGCUGCCUCUGCGUCUACAGUUCAACAGACCUCCUGGUGCACCCAGCCAUGCCUCUGUGCAGUAUGAGGCUUAUACAAGGUCACCUACACAGCCAAAAAUUGAUCAUCUUAGAAGACUCCAUUUGGGCACCUUUCCCACUGAGCCCUGCAAGUCCUGCACACGGUGUGGCUGUGUAACAAUGCUGAAGUCCCCUAAUAAGGCAACUGCUGUGAAACAGUGGGAGCAGAGGUGGAUCAAAACCUGUCUAUGUGGCGGACUGUGGCGAAAGAUGCCACACACGUACUCCUGAUCAUCAUCAUCCUCAGAAGAAGAACAUGGAGUGCGAGUCUAUGCCUGCUCCCAUCCUUUCUACUAUUGAUGACCUGAACAACGUCCCCGUAACUAGCGAGACAAAAACUGCAUCUCGGUCCAUCUUUUAUUACGCUGUGCACCCAGAGAUGAUGUAUGGUGUGCAACACCAGUUGUAAAUAUGUCCUUUCUAUUAAUAAAAUUUUACACUUA